UUUUAAAUUAUCUAGGGGAUUUUAUCGGUCAUGGUGCCAUUCUGAAAGCACCAAUAACCCGUCUUUGUCGUCCUUGUUGAUUUUCAAUUGCGCUAUCUUUUUCUACUAGUAACGUUUGAUAACCCCAAAGUACAUAACCUCAAAAAUCAAGCAUGGAUCAAAAUGUGAUAAAAGUGGGUGAUUUUGUGAUAGUGCAACGUCAGGGGUACACAAAACUACACAAAUUGAAGGCUCAUGGGACCCUCUCGCUUGGUAGUUUCACCGUCGAAUUGGAUAACAUCGUGGGGGAAAAAUAUGGGGCAACUUUCCAAAUGAAGAAUUUUCCAGGCAAUCGGAAGCUUUUCACGCUUGAAAAAGUGGACGAAAUGCCCGGAAUCACGUCGAUUAACAUCGAGAAAAGUGGCCUCGACAAUCGUAAUAUAACCGAUGAUGGACAAUCACAAAAUCUCACAACUGAAGAUAUUUCGAAGCUCAAAAGUGAGGAACUUAACUCGAAUUCAAUCGUUGAAAAACUGAUCAAUAAUUCGAAAACGUUCAACUCGAAGACUGAAUACAGCCAGGAGAAAUACAUCAAAAAGAAAGAAAAAAAAUAUUUCGAAUAUGUCCAGAUAAGGCGGCCCACAAUUCGCCUGUUGGCAACAAUGUUCUACCGACAAGACCCGAGCAAAACGCUCGGAAUCCGAAUCGAUGACUUAUCCCAAAUCCUGACUUAUUCAAACAUACAAUCACAAGGAACCCACCUAUUGUAUGAUAGUGGCACUUCGGGGCUCCUCCCAGCCGCUUUGCUCCACCAAUUAGGGGGCGGAAGCCCCGCCCACUUGAUACACCUACACCCGGGGAACGAAUGCCAGAAAAGUGCCCUCGUUGCUAUGAACUUCCCUCCCGAACAACUCAAUCGUUGCAUCAACGUUAACUUAUAUUCAGUAUUACGUUGUUACUACCAACAGAAAGAAACAUUUGACGACCCCCCUGCUAAUAAAAAAAUGAAAAUCGAGGAGGGGGCGGAGCCAAAGAAACCCAACUGGCAAAUCGAGAACGAGCGGGCGUGUCAACUACUCAACAAAGGCGUGGAUUCGCUUAUCAUCGCUUCAAAAGAACACCCAAACGCCCUCGUCUCGCAAUUGGCCCAAUUCCUGACCGGUGGGCGUAACCUUAUCGUUUUCAACCAAUCACGCGAGCCCCUUCAAGACCUAUACCUCCACCUUAAGGAGAAACUCGACUUCAUUCAUAUAAAAAUCGUGACUAACUUUAUGCGUAAUUAUCAAGUGUUGGCCAAUAGGACGCAUCCAGAAGUGAACAUGACAACCGGUGGUUACAUUUUAACGGCUUUUAAAUUGAAAUAGUGACUCACCUGUGUGAAAAACUGUUGCAACAUUAUUUUAUUCGUGGGCGGGAUUAAAUACUCGAGGAAUUCCUGUAAAUAUUCAUAUUGUUUGGCGAGAAAGAUGACACUUUCCACGCCCACGAUACGUUCAGCCAAUCCGUGCAAGUGUUCAGGUUUGGUGAGGUCCACCAUUGGUGAGAGGGCGGGUUUUAGGAUUUUGGGCGGGGUUUCGUCAGUGGGCGGUUCCUCGAAUUCGGUGACUAGAUUGUCGGAGAUUUUUUUCAACGUUUGGGUGAGUUCGGGCGUGUAGAGAGAGUUGCUAGCGACGGUCUAAAAUAAUUGAUUUUCUACUAAAAAAUUGUAAAUAGGAAAUUUAUUUUCUAUGAGAACACGUCAAAUUUGAAAAAUGUUCAUAGAAUAAUAAUAAAGUGUUGUUGUAUUUG